AUGAAGGAAUGGUCCUGCAUACGAAAGUAGUGCAUGUGAAAUGCCAAAACUCGGCAGCCUAGAGCGUCGCGCACAGCGUCGUGAUGUUCAGUCACGCGUGUUGCAUCGUGUGAGCAGAUCUGUGCAUGAGGAUAACCAACAUGAGGCGGUGGUGGGCUCCACUCAUCGUCGUUUACCUGUCCGUCCACCUGGCGGCCGCUCAGCACCACAGGAAAGCUCUGUAUCCAUCCGCACAUAGGAUAAAACGUGGGACAUAUUCGCUGAUCGACCCCACGUUCCAGCGUUCGGUGGAGGACGUCAACCUGCUUUUUGAGAUUCUGCUAGCCGGAAUGCAGAUCCAAGGCGUGGAGCACACCAUGCUGAUCCCAGACGAGGAGCUGGCCUCCCUGAGGAGCGUGCAGAAGCUGGAGGUGAUCUGUAACGACGUCCUGCCCAAGAGUCUCUCCGACAUCCGGCGUCUGACAGCAGAGCUCGCCUGGCGCCGGCAACCCCUGAGCCGGCAGGACUUUGAGAGGACGGUGCUGACUCUGGUGUACACGACUCAGACGCUGGCUCGAGUCAGCACCCAGCAGCAGAGAGAGGCGUGGACGGACGCUGUGAUACAGCUGUUCAGAGCCGUUCAGAAGGACCUCAGACCUUCCUGAGGUGGUGUGUGCGUCCUGGUUUUCCACACGUCCCACAUACUAAUUCUAUACAGUAUGCAGUAAAGUAUAUACUGAGUGUUAUAGCAUACUAUUUUACUAUUUUUGCAGUUAUACAAGAAAUCAGUGUUUGACUAAAUAAUUGAAUUAACCCAAGGUCUGGUAACUGCUCUGCACAUUGAAAAUGAUGCUAAAGGGGUAUCGGAGCCUUAAUAAGUGAUGCAAAGCGCCUGUGUGUGACGAGUUGUUCCAGAGCUUUCAACCACAUCUUGCAGUCUUCCUCAGCUGAUUCCAGUCAUUAUUUCGACCAGCUGAGCUUUCAAAUGCUUCUGCUGUUAAGAUUUUCUUGUCAAAACUGAACUUUCAGCACUUGAAUUCCGCUCCUGAUUUGCUCAAAUAUAUCAUAAAUAAUAAAUAACGCAUUUACGAUGAGAAAGAUAAAUAUUUUUGAAUUUUUGAAUCCUUUUUCUUUGUUUUCUAUGACUACCCGUACUCAAAAACCAAGCGUAUUUAGUGUUUAUCCCGAUACCCAUAAUUACAGUCUUGAGCCCUGACGCACACAUUUAGACACCCCCAAUGUUAGACAAGCGUGUCCCAUGUCUGGAAAAUCAUGAAACACAGUAAAACCUAACUUGACACUCACUCACUUGACUUAAAACCACUUUGAAGAAUUAUUCAGAGCACGACUACACACGUACAGCUGGUGUGAAUGCUGGUGCUGGUGUGAAUGCACCUAAAGACUUGUGACAAUCAUCAACAAACAUGCAGAAGUUGUAGUUUACGCCACGCUGGAUUCAGUCAUGUAUUCUUCUUGUGUUUUAAAAAUAAAAAUGAAGCAUAUCCUUUUGUCAAUGAUUGUGAAAAAUAAGUCCCGUCUCUACAGAUUUAACCAGAAACCAUUCAACAUACUAUGUCUCCUCCAUGUGCAUCUAUUACUUCAUUAUACAUGUUUACACUACAGAUGAAGACAGGAAACAGAGGGGUGUAACUACAUCAAAGGUCCCUCUCU